UUAUUCAUUUUCUCUAUUUUCCCCCCUCAACACACAUUCUCUCUCUCUCUCUCUCUCUGUCUCACAUGAGAUUCUCUAUUACAUGCAACCAGGGCUCCUCCCUCUCUUCCUCCCAUUAUAAAACCAACGAAAAACUACGACACCCAAACACACAACACACAGUCACACAGUAUAUGAACAAACUUUGUUCACUCUCACAAUGGAGAAUAUCUCAGCCACAAAACACAACAACACAACCAAGCCUUCCACUCUUCAUGUGGAGAGCCCUCCACCGGAGCCAAGUCCUUUGCGAAAGAUCAUGGUGGUGGCGUCCAUCGCCGCCGGAGUUCAAUUCGGGUGGGCUUUACAGCUCUCCCUUCUGACCCCUUACGUCCAGCUGCUCGGUAUCCCUCAUAAAUGGGCCGCUUUUAUCUGGCUCUGCGGCCCAAUUUCCGGCAUGCUUGUCCAGCCCAUCGUCGGCUACCACAGCGACCGUUGCACCUCCCGCUUCGGCCGUCGUCGUCCUUUUAUCGCCGCCGGCUCCCUCGCCGUCGCAAUUGCCGUUAUCCUCAUCGGCUACGCAGCUGACUUCGGUUACUUAUUCGGCGACUCACUCGCCGAGAAAUCCCGUCCAAGAGCCAUAGGUAUCUUCGUAAUUGGCUUCUGGAUCCUUGAUGUGGCCAAUAACAUGCUGCAGGGGCCAUGCCGCGCCCUCCUCGCCGAUCUCUCCGCCGGCGACCAGAGAAAAACGAGGUCCGCUAACGCGUUCUUCUCGUUCUUCAUGGCCGUCGGUAACGUCCUCGGUUACGCCGCUGGCUCUUACAGCAGCCUCUACAAGGUGUUCCCGUUCACGAAGACUAAGGCCUGUGACGUAUACUGUGCGAACUUGAAGAGCUGCUUCUUCCUCUCCAUUGCGCUGCUGUGUACGCUGGCAACCGCCGCUCUGAUCUACGUGAAGGAGAAAGUGGUGACUUCUGCGAUUCCCUCCGGCGAGGAGGAGGAAGGUGGUUCGCGUGGUGGCAUGCCUUGUUUUGGGGAUAUAUUCGGUGCUUUCCGUGAACUUAAGAGGCCCAUGUGGAUCCUUCUGUUGGUGACGUGUCUCAAUUGGAUUGCUUGGUUCCCUUUCUUGCUCUUCGACACUGACUGGAUGGGGAAAGAGGUAUAUGGAGGAACGGUCGGGCAAGGUAAGGCUUAUGCUAACGGCGUGCGCGCGGGUUCGUUGGGUCUCAUGCUGAACUCGGUGGUUCUCGGUGCGACGUCGUUGGGUGUUGAGGUUCUGGCGCGUGGGCUUGGAGGCGUGAAGAGGCUUUGGGGAAUUGUGAACUUCUUGCUCGCUAUUUGUUUGGCCAUGACCGUUUUGGUUACCAAGUUGGCUGAGCAUUCGCGCGUCUACCCUCCCGGUGUUGACCCCAAGACCAGCGAUCCCUACCCUCCUUCCGGUAGCAUCAAGGCCGGCGCGUUGGCUCUCUUUUCCAUCCUCGGAAUUCCACUCGCGGUAACCAUUUUUAUCAUCCAUUUCAUUACCUACAGCAUACCCUUUGCACUAGCAUCUAUAUUCUCUACCUCCUCCGGGGCAGGCCAAGGGUUAUCUCUUGGAGUUCUCAAUCUUGCAAUUGUGAUACCACAGAUGGUGGUUUCUGUACUCAGUGGACCAUGGGAUUCUGUGUUUGGUGGUGGUAACUUGCCAGCGUUCGUGGUGGGUGCUGUGGCGGCAGCAGCAAGUGGCAUAUUAUCCAUAAUCCUGCUGCCAUCUCCACCGCCAGAUUUGGCCAAUUUGCCCGUCGGAGGAGGCUUCCAUUAAUCAGUGGAACAUUUUCAUCAUCUCUCGUUUUUGUUCCCGUGGAAAAAAGAGGACGUUUUUUGUUUUGUUUUUUCCAGUCUAUAAAGGCUUCUAG